UCCGCAUCCACUCCCGCUCUUCCCGCCCGCCCCUCCACCCUCUCCUCCGUCGUCAACCAAACCGCUUCCAACUACUCCGGCAUCAACCGCUCCCCCUAUAACUCCUCCCCCUACGGCGCCGGCGGCUACGGCGGCAUGAGCUCCUACUCCUCCCCCUACAACCGCCUCGGCACGAGCAUGUACGGCGGUGGUAUGGGCGGAUACGGCGGCGGCUACGGCGGUGGCUACGGCGGCAUGGGGGGCGGCAUGUACGGCGGGAUGGGCGGCAUGGGGGGCAUGGGGGGGAUGGGGGGCAUGUACGGCAUGAACGGGAUGAACGGGCAGAUGGAUCCGAAUAAUCCGUCGCUGACGCAGAGCUUCUCGCAGAGCACGCAGGCGACGUUUCAGUUGAUUGAGAGUAUUGUGGGGGCGUUCGGGGGUUUCGCGCAGAUGUUGGAGAGCACGUACAUGGCGACGCAUUCGAGUUUCUUUGCUAUGGUCUCCGUCGCCGAACAGUUCGGCAACCUCCGCCAAACCCUUGGCUCCGUCCUCGGAAUCUUCACCGUCAUGCGCUGGAUCCGCACCCUCUUCGCCCGCCUCACCGGCCGCCCUCCCCCCGCCUCCCCCUCCGACCUCACCCCCGCCUCCUUUGCCGCCUUCUCCGGCGCCGCAACCCUCCCCGAUGGCUCCCCCGCCCCUUCCAAACCCUCCAAAAAACCCCUCAUCUUCUUCGCCCUCGCCGCCUUCGGCCUCCCCUACCUCAUCGGCAAGCUCAUCCGCGCCCUCGCGCGCGGCCACGAGGAAGCCGAGCGCCGCCGCCUCGAGGCCGCCGGCGGCGUCGACGGCGCCAUGGUCGUGAACGAGCAGGGCGUCCCCGUGCUCGACCCCAGCAAGCUCGAGUUCUGCCGCGUGCUGUACGACUUCACACCCGAGGCGAACGCGCAGAGCGUCGCGGGGGUGGACCUCGCAGUCCGGAAGAACGACCUCGUCGCCGUGCUGAGCAAGACGGAUCCGCUGGGCCAGGCGAGCGAGUGGUGGCGGUGCCGGGCGCGGGACGGCCGCAUGGGGUAUCUGCCGGCGCCGUACCUGGAGGCGAUUCAGCGGCGAGAGAAGCCGAGGGAGUUGACAAUGGGGCCGGGGAGUCCCGCGGGGAGUCGGCUGCAGACGAUGACGGGGAGCGAAGGGGAGAUGGCGGCGAUGAUGACGGGGAAGGGGGCGGAGGAGACGGCGGCGGGGCCGGUGCCGGCGGGGAAGAUGGGGGAUAUUGGGGUGGAGAGCUUUCAGAAGGGGCAGUUUUAUUCAUGA